UUCGGAAACGGCCGGUAGGGUCGCUCUCCGGGUUUGCCGCUGGCGCGAGCUUUGUGAUUGGACGCGAGGAACGUUUGACUCGCUCGCGUCAAAGUUGUCUCAUUCGCUUCCUCUCGGCGAUUCCUGGCAGCUGCUGAUCCGUCUCUCAAAGGAACGGAAGGGGCCAGAAAUCCCGUGAGCGACGGAAGCAUCAAAAGGAAGGCACGAUCGGUCGGUACUGGAGAGAACGAUUUGAACCCUGAACCUAAGGCGGAUCCUCCGUGACUGAGUUUGGCUGGCUGGAGAUGGGAGAGGGACGGGCUGAGAGCCUGGGCUGAGGCCCAAGUCAGAUGAAGGUGGUGAUCCAGUGAGCGCUAGACACCAUCGAGGGAUGUGUUGAGAGCUCAUAACGCUCAAUUUACUUUUAUUGAGUUUGUGUAGUGUGUGCAACCCGACCGACCGUUGGUGUCGUAGUGAGGGAAAUAAUACCCACUUUUUAUUGUUAUUAAGUGAGUUAAAGGACCUUUCAAUCCUGCCGCCCGCACGGUUACGACAACCAUCAACCUCAUCAUCCUCCCCUACCACGACCUUUGGCAAGCCAACAAGUGAGAGUGAGGCGUGGAAACCCAACGAGUCUAGGCCAUGAUGCUGACGAAUGGCCAACAACAGGGUAAUCCGAAUUCCCUGACUCCCAACUCUGAGGUCCAAACGGCCAAUCAAGCUGACCAUCAUGGAAAUGGAGAUGAUCUCCGGCUCCACGGUCACUCUCAGAUUGAUUUGAAAAAGUCCUUACGGGAUGGGAUUCAUGCUAACAACCUCUGUCUAACCAACGCUCACCAUGACCCUAAUCAUGGCUCUCAACACCACCAUUUGCAUCACUUGCCUUCGCACGGAGGCCUUUUGGUGCCCCCUCCAGGCACUAUCAGUCCGAAUUCGGAUAAAGAUGGGAAACAAAAACGCCAUCGGACCAGGUUCGAUCCCCACCAAUUGAAUCAACUGGAGCAAAGCUUCGCCAAAACUCACUAUCCGGACAUCUUCAUGCGCGAGGAAUUGGCAUUGAAGAUUGGCCUCACUGAGUCUCGAGUCCAGGUGUGGUUCCAAAAUCGCCGAGCCAAGUGGAAAAAGCAACGCAAAUCCAACUCCCUCCUUCAUUCCCCCAAUCCUUUGCUUCCUUCCCACAGUCUCCCGCCACUCGUGAGUUCGUUUUCUCACAGUUGGGGAACACCCGGAUACUCAGGUCUCAGCAGCCAGCUGCAAUCGUUCAGUUCUUCCCCGGGUUUUGGUAGCGGAACCACGGUGGGCAGUUCCAAUAGCACCACACUAGGAUGUGUCGUGUCUACCAAUGCAUCCUCGUCGAGCCCCUUGUCUCAGCUGGCCCAGACGGCGUCCUCAUACUUUGCCCAGGUGGCCAGCUCGGCCCACAUGGUUCCCAAUGGAGGGCAUCAUUCUAAUGUAGAUCUGAGCCCCACUCAUGGCGGGGGAGGCAACGGAAUCUAUCCGGGACACGCUUCCAAUGGCGGACACGCCCCAUCCUCCAAUGGCAACUACGGACUCUCGCCCAAUUUGGCCCAUCAUCAAAAUUUGUCAGCUCACCACCAGGCCGCUCAAUUCUUCCACAGACGCGAUUCGGGCCUGGACCACAUGUCCGGAGACGUGUUCGGUUCAGGAGGGAAUAUGCACAACCUGAGCUUUCCACCGUCCCAUCUCAGUCCCUCGUCGUCCCCCUCAACUAACCACCUUGUUGCCCCUCCUCAUUCCCAGACUACUUUGAGUCCCCCACCCGCCACCACUUCAUGCUCGGGGGAGGGCAUGACCCCAUCUCCUCCACUUUCCUCUCAGUACUCCCACCUAAUGGGGUCGAACCUCACUGGGGGUGGCCAGAACUUGCCCAUGAACCAUAACUGCGAUCACCCAGCUAACGGAGGACAUAUGGACAUCAUUAACGCUUCCCAAGAUAUGGAAGGAGAGGAUCAACCGUGGUCACACACCACGAUCAACCAUUUAAGAAGAAGAGCCUUUGAGCAUCAUCAACUGACAUCUGUGUUCCCAUAACAUGACGGACUCGUGGCUUCGAAAACUGAAUCAAAACUCUGACUCCACAUGCUGUAAAAGGAUGCUGCUGCUGACUUGAAUAUGAAUCUCUUUAUUUAUGUUUCAUGUGCCACCACUAGUAGGAUUUUUGGUGCCUUUUGUGACCUGGUCCUCCUCCUCUUGUGGAACAACCUCCUGUCCCCACUCGUCUCUCUCUUUCUCCAUCAUUUGUGAUCCCCGUUGUUCCACUUUAGCCCAAUUCGAGCGUUCUAAAGAACGUCGCUUAGAUUUUAAGUUUGAGAACCAUGAGAAAAAUAGAUCUUCGUCCUCAUUAGAACAAAUAAAACCUAGUUUCAACAUG